CUGACACAUAACCUCUAUAUUUUAUUAUUUUAAUUAUUUUUCGCUUUUCUAUUCAAAGGCAAGUGAGUUUUUAUGAUUUGUGUUUAUAUGUUAGUAUCAUCUUCAUUCAUAUGAUGGAAAACAACACAGACCAUUCCGAGCAAAACAAUUUUACUCCUUUAACAGUGCAAGACGUAGACGUAGACUUCUUGCCUAUUGUGUACGAAAUCAUUCGCAGCGUUGAACGAGAUUUUCACGACAAUUCUGCCAAGGCGCGCGAGUCUCAGGAUUGCAGUCAAAAGGUGCUAGAAUUACAAAAGAAACUUGACAUUGCUCGGUCUCAGAUAAAGAAACUGCCCGGUAUAGAGUACAACAAACAAGAUCAGCUCAAGCAAUUUGAAAUUCUUCGCACACAGCUGCGGCUCAAACGCGAGCUACUGCAGAAAUACCGGAACAUGUGCUCCUUUGAAACAUCUUUCAAGUGAUCUAUACAAUGCCUUUACGUACCCUGCUCAGGUACUUGGCAAACAAUGAACAGCUUGUUCAACGGAUUGCGGAGUCAUACCCAGUGAGACGUGCGGCGCAACUCGCAGUCUCAUUCUUCUACAGAGGCAAGGAAAAACUC